AUCUUCCUCAAAAUGUAACUAAACUAUUCUAUUUCACAAGACAAAAAAGGAAUAUCAAAUUCCACCUACUCAUUUCCUAGAAGGCUCCUUCCACAUUUCUACUCUACCUCAUAACACAAAGCAAUCUUUAAACUAUAGUCCCUAAUCUAAUUCAUCUCAUUAGUUAUACAUUUUCCUUCUAAGCCACUAUUCCAUAAGCUCUUUCACUUCCACUCAUAAAAUUCAUGCCAAAUUCAAACACAAAAAAGCUAAACAACUCUACAAUUUCUUCAUCUCCACCAUCAAUAAUCACCAUUUUCUUAUGAUCUCCACAAACCAAGAUUCUCUUCCAACUCACACCCAUUUCUCCAUCAUGCUCAAACUACUCAACAAAAGCCUCAGGCGGUUCAUCUCCCAUCUCCGGUGUCCAAUUCACCGUCAAUCAAAAUCCAAAGUAACAGUAAUUAACAAAUUAAGCAACCAUGACCCAAAAGCUCAAAACGAAACAAGUUCAAAUUUUUCAUCAACAGUUUAUCCAAACACUCAAAUGGGUAUCCAAAAACCCGAAAAACAAAUCCGAAUUGCAACAUUUAACGCCGCACUUUUUUCAAUGGCACCAACACUUCCCAAAACAACAACAACAUUCGAAGACGAAAACGACAUGGUUUUUUCAAAACAGAACAUAAAUCCACGGUCGAAAUCAACCAACGACAGACCAAAAAGCAUACUCAAACAAACUCAAACUCAAACACAAACCCAACAACAAGACAACGUGAUGAACAAGACACAAAAGUUAACGAAAUCGAAGACAAGGGUUUCAAUCAAUUUACCAGAUAACGAGAUAUCGUUGUUGAGGAGUAGACAAUCGAGUUUCUCGGAACAUGAGAAAGAAAGGGUUGCAAGUAGUAGUAAUUGGGGAAGUGGGGUCCACCACCACCACCAGAACCACCAUGUAAGAGGUGGAAGGACAUUGGUGGAGGUGUUGAGGGAAGUGGAUGCAGAUGUGUUGGGAUUGCAAGAUGUGAAAGCUGAAGAAGAAAAUGGAAUGAAACCAUUGUCGGAUUUAGCGGCGGCUUUAGGAAUGAAUUAUGUUUUUGCGGAAAGUUGGGCGCCGGAAUAUGGUAAUGCUGUUUUGUCUAAAUGGCCUAUUAAACGAUGGAAUGCUCACAAAAUCUUUGAUCAAACAGAUAUCAGGAAUGUUCUGAAGGCGACUAUUGAUGUACCUGAAGCCGGUGAACUAAACUUCUACUGCACUCAUCUUGAUCACCUCGAUGAGAAUUGGCGAAUGAAGCAGAUAAAUGCGAUAAUCCAAUCGAACGACGAGCCUCAUAUCUUAGCCGGAGGACUUAAUUCGCUCGAUGAAUCAGAUUACUCGCAAGAAAGAUGGACAGAUAUUGUAAAGUACUAUGAAGAGAUGGGAAAACCAACACCAAAAGUUGAAGUGAUGAAGCAUCUCAAGAGUAAAGACUACACAGAUUCUAAGGAUUAUGCAGGAGAAUGUGAAUCAGUUGUAAUGAUUGCCAAAGGCCAAAGUGUGCAAGGGACAUGCAAGUAUGGCACUAGGGUAGAUUACAUAUUAUCAUCAUCGAAUUCACCGUAUAAGUUUGUUCCCGGUUCCUAUUUAGUCCUUUCGUCUAAAGGGACGUCAGAUCAUCAUAUAGUGAAAGUUGAUGUGAUGAUCAAGGUAAAUAACAAUACUCAAGAAAACUUGACGAAGAAACCACAUCAACAUAGACAGAAAAUUGUAAAAAUAACACAUUCGACUCCGUCAAAAGGUAUAUGGAAAACGCACAACGGAGAGGUAUACUGAGUUGUUUGUUCCUACUCAGUUUAGAUGAGUGUGUUUGUUUUUUUUAUGCAUCCUAAUCUUAUGUUAUAGAGCAUUCUUCAAAUUGAUUUAGAAUAAUAGUAAAAAAAAAAAGAGAAGAGAAUGAGUGUGAUAUGUAUGACACUUUUUAUAAAUUUGUAUAGCUUGAGUUUUGAUUAACAAGUUAAUUAAAAAGUCUACAGAGUGAUUUGUUUA